AUGAACGGGAUCCAGGGAAGAUUGACUGGUGUGGUUUUACUGUUCUCAACCAAUCGAGGCACGUCACCUGUGAACGAAGGGGAAGACCGCAAAGACAAAGCAGACAUGCAGAACACAAUCUCAGAAGUAACGAGGUCACUCCCUCCCGGAUUCAGAUUCCAUGCCACUGAUGAGGAGCUUCUGUUGGACUACUUGAAGCCCAAGAUUCUCAGACAGCCCGACGGACGCCACUACGACAUGAUACCGGAGAUUGAUCGCAAGUACUUGAACAGCAACCGCUCCAACCGGACAACCAAAGCUGGUUAUUGGAAACCGACCGGCGAGGUGCUCACCAUCGUGAGCGAGGACACUCAGGCAAAGAUAGGAAUCAGGAAGACCCUAGUGUUCUACGAAGGCCGCAUGCCCAAAGGCAAAAGGACCAACUGGUUGAAGCACGAAUAUCACCUAAAUCCCAAGUGUUUGGGAAACAAUCACGCUGAAAAUGAGAUGCUGCCUUAUGUGGUAUGUCGGAUAAAGUACAAAAAGGAUAACAAGCUGAUGAAGGGUCGCGCUCCAACGAUCAGCCCUGGAGGCUAUUCAAACAGCGCUUUCACAAACACUAACAAUGUAUCAGAGACCCCUAUGAAUCAAGAAGAGGACCAUUCGAGCUACUGUAACAACCCCGACAAUGAAGCUGCUGAGAACCGUGAAGCUUUUGAUCCUCAACCUGAGAUGUCAGUGGAAGAGUUAAUGGAAUUGCUCCCUUCAUCUCAACCGCUGGAUGUCAUUUUAUCAUACUACAACACCACUCCAGCCACUCCAGCCUAUCAGCCCCAGGCAGCAGCAGAGGAAGGAUCAUCGUCCUUCUUUGAUUUCUCACAUAACAACGAUGGCAAUGAGUUCGGCCACGGGUACAUGCCAUCUCCAUACAGCAAUUCCGCAUAUUAUUCCGGUUUCAACUGCAGCAAUGUCUGA